AUGCACGACCUUCAGAGGCAACAACCGCCGAUUCCAAGUCCGCAAGAAAAGUCUGAUUGGCCAGGAACAAACGCUGCGGGGAUUAACGAUUCAAAUCAAAAUGUUUCAUCUAGCCGUAAGAGGGUUCGCCGUGGAUCCAAUGUGAAGCGACAUGAGCGAAGCAAGCGCAAAGCUGCCCUUCCUUUUGCUGCAACCAAUCCGGACGAUAAUCUUGGAGAUCAAUCUCAAGAGCCGAUCAUCACCCCCGACUCAGCCACUGGAACCCCAACUUUACAACCUCUUAAGCCACAAGACCCUAGCAUUACAGUCUCGUCACCAGCCAAUGCAGCGGGAACACCAGAAGAAAAGACGCACUUUUGUUUCAUCCCGAAAUACAGACGUGUUGAUCCAAAGCCAAACGAAACCAUUACAACACCUGAAACCCUCGCUCAACAUUACCGCAAAGUCUCCUACGGCACGUGUAUCAUUGCUCCGAAAGAUCAACAAGCAUUCUGCAAGGUCAAAUUUGUGCCUUUUUCCUCGAUGACACCUUCCGAGAUCAAGGGGUGGGAGAAACUGGUUGUUUUCUUCUUUUAUCGGAUGAACUACGUCGACAAGGUUAAAAAUAACGGACCUCUUAUGGGAGGGGACAUGUGGGCUGAUGGAUGGAGGAAGUGUUCUAAGAAAGGCGAGGCGUUUGGCAGGUAUUGCUCAGUAGUAAGGCUUGCACGAAUGAUCAUGCUAGCAAAUUACAACCAAGAUGACGAGGCAGCUGCCAUUCGGGAAGCAAACGACUGGAUCGCCUCCCAGCUACAACAACUGGCUCCUGGAGUCUUUCAAGCAUAUCGCCAAAUUCUCAUCAACAAUAACCUCCCAUCAAUGGCCCACAUGGAAUAUCAAACAACCUACAACGCCUUCGACUUCGCCUCCUUCUACACCUUCACCAUGAACAAUUUUUUCAACGGCCCACAUCAUGACGGAGAUGCUAACCGAUGGACUCUUGUAUGUUGGAUCCCAAUCUUCAACCCUAAGACUUGCCAGGAGGAAGACGGCAUUUUGGCAGACAAAUACUUUGAUAUGACUGGAGGCGAAUUCACCUUUCGGGACUUCCAAGUAUACCUGGAUUUAAAUAAGACAUCAAACUUUGCCGGGUCAAUCGCCUUCUGA